AUUCUGAUGAAGAGUGUCUCACUUCUACCCUCUCAUGUCUCCUUCCCUCCUUCCCUCCCUCCCUCCUCCCCUGACAGGGUGUGAUGGGAGGAGCUCCAGUGUGGCCAGAGGCGGGCUGUAGUACGAGACAGUGUCAGUGAGAGUGUGGACUUGCGGACUCAGAGCUGUCAUCUACCAGAGCUUUAAAUUCUGCUGUUUCUGUGGAUUUUCUUCUGACACUUCCUGGAGGAGGACUGUCACCUGAAGGAAACCUUUUUUAGAUCUGAAGGAAGUUUUUGUUUCUCGGCUGAGUGGGAUAGAGUAUCUCAGCUGAGACCCAGUGGUGCCGUGUACGCAUGGAGGCUGAUCGGUGGAGACUUUCUGUCUUGUUCUGAGGUCUCAGAUCUUCAUUCUGAACCAGCAUCAUCUUCUGCAGGCCCAAAGGACUUCACCACAGUGCAAGGAGGCUGUGGAAAGAGAGAGAGAGAGAGAGAGAGAGAAAAUAAACACAGCUUAAAAAAGACGCUCUUCAUGAAUUCCCUAAAAACCUGAAAGCCAAAUACUGCAAGUUGGCCGGCGGUCCUGAGGAGGCAUGUGGACAAUGAGCAUGGCUGGGCUCUGUCUCCCGGCCUACACUGUCUUCCUUGUUGGUUGCUUUCAUACAGCUGUCACGGAAAGCGAUGUCACUCCACGCCUCACCUUCUCCUACAAUGCGAAGGAGAGGACAACCAGAAGUUUCUCAGUCAGUGGAGUCUUCAACUUCACCUCUCUCCUCCUCAGUAAAGAAGACAACGCGCUGUACGUUGGCGCUCGGGAGAUCCUCUUUGCUCUCAACCUCGCUGACAUCAGUGCCGUCAAGCUACAACGAAAUCUCACGUGGAAAACUCCAGGGAGGAAGAGAGACGAGUGCAGUUUCAAAGGCAAAGACCUGCAGACGGAUUGCUUCAACUACAUCAAGAUUUUACUCCGUAUGAACAGCACUCAUCUGUAUGUGUGUGGAACAUACGCCUUCAGCCCCACUUGUGCUUACAUAAACACUGCAGACUUCUCCCUGGUCAAGGAUGAUAGUGGUGAGAUUGUCACAGAAGAUGGACGAAGCCGCUGUCCCUUCAACCCUGAAUACAAGUCCACUGCUAUCAUGGCUGAUGGAGAGCUGUAUGCCGGUACAGUCAGUAAUUUCCAAGGAAAUGAACCCAUCAUUUACAAGAGUCUAAGUCAAGGAACAGCUCUAAAAACAGAAAACUCACUCAACUGGCUUCAAGACCCGGCCUUUGUUGGCUCUGCCUACAUACAGGAGAGCCUGCCCAAGGGCAACCUAGUGGGCGAUGACGAUAAGAUUUACUUCUUCUUCAGUGAAGCAGGAAAGGAGUUUGAUUUCUUUGACAACACCAUUGUGUCACGCAUUGCUCGUGUGUGUAAGGGUGACAUUGGAGGAGAGAGGGUUCUGCAGAAGAAAUGGACGACCUUCCUGAAGGCUCAACUCUUGUGCUCUCUGCCUGAUGAUGGCUUCCCCUUCAACAUAAUACAAGACAUGUUUGUGCUGACACCCAGCCCCGAAGACUGGAAGAACGCUGUGUUUUAUGGAGUCUUCACGUCUCAGUGGUAUAAGGGUGCUUCAGGAAGCUCUGCAGUGUGUUCCUUCACUAUGGACCAGGUGGAAAAGGCGUUCGAUGGGCGGUACCGUGAGGUCAACAGAGAGACUCAACAGUGGUACACAUACAACCAUCCGGUCCCAGAGCCUCGGCCUGGUGUGUGCAUCACAAAUGCUGCCAGGGAACAGGGCAUCUCCUCCUCGCUGCACAUGCCGGACAAGGUGCUGAAUUUUGUCAAAGACCACUUCCUGAUGGACAGCGUGAUCCGCAGCCAGCCUCUCCUGCUAAAACAAAAUGUUCGCUACACGCAGAUCGCUGUCCAUCGAGUCCAGGCAGCAAAAAAAGCCUAUAAUGUGAUCUUCAUUGGCACUGAUGAUGGGAGACUUCAUAAAGCCAUCAAUGUCAACAACAAGAUGCACAUCAUUGAGGAGAUGGUUCUCUUCCGUGAUUCCCGACCAGUGCAACACAUUGAGCUGGACACUGAAAAGGGUCAGCUUUAUGUUUCCUCUUUCUCUGAACUGGCGCAGGUCCCAGUUGCUAACUGCACUAAUUAUCAGAGUUGCGGGGAGUGCAUCCUCUCUAGGGAUCCUUACUGUGCUUGGAACGGGAGGCAGUGUGUGGGUAUCAGACAGGCUCCACCAAGCAGUGCCUUGCAGCAGGAUAUAGAUGAAGCUGACACAUCAGCUAUUUGCAACACGACAGUGCCAAGCCCACGGUUUGCUAAACCUCCACCUGCACGAAUACCUUCAUGCCAGGUGAUCAUUAUCCCAGCCAACACGUUCAAAGUACUACCUUGCAAGCUGCGCUCUAAUUUGGCUGAAAGGAGGUGGGAGUUCAGUGAGAGUGCAGGUCACUUCCAUUACCCCAGCCCAGAGGGGGGAUUGGUAGUGGUAGCUCAAGCUGACAGGCAGGAAACCUACGAGUGCUGGUCAGUGGAGGAAGGCUUCAGACAACUGCUGGCUAACUACUGCGUGAGGGGCGAGGCCAAGCACGAGAGCACCACCCUGAGAGGCCGCUCACGUACGCCACAGGUCUCCCAGGAGGAGUUUAUCAUCCUACCAGGAGAGGCCCGCUCACCGCAGAUCAACACUAAGACCUACUGGAACGAACUGAUUGUGGUGUGUUCCCUCCUGGCGUUUUCCCUGGUGGUCUUCUCUCUAUUUGUGGUCUACAGGAACCACGACGACAUGAAGUCCAUGCUCAAGGAGGGAGAGUGUCCCAACAUGCAGCAGAAGAAGCCCAGAAUAGUAGGGAAACCGGCUGAGAACCUGCCGCUAAACGGCAACACAGUCCCAGCGUCAGCAUCGGAUCACAAGGGCUACCAGACCCUUAACGACAACUACAUCUGCAGCACUCCCCCGCACGAGUGCUCAUCGCCCGACAACAGCAGGAGCUUCUCAGAAUCAGAGAAGAGGCCUCUGAACUUGAAAGAGAGUCAUGUAGAGAUUUCUCCCACUUGCCCACGGCCAAGAGUCAGACUGGGCUCCGAGAUUAAAGACUCUAUAGUGUGAUAUGUUGUGUGGAGGGACUCAUUUUUAACUGAAAGGAAAGAGUGCACUUGCUGAGAGAGACAAAGCCCUAUCAGAGGGAAAACUGAGGAUCAUACGACUCCUGACGGAGAGACAUUUCAUGACACAGAUUUUGCACUUUUUGUUCUGUCCCUGUGGUCCAUGUUCAUUUCAUUUUAUUGUCCUCUCACUCCCUCUUAUUCAAGUGCAUUUGAAGCACACUGACGAAGUUGCAGUUUGCCUUCAGACUUUCGAUGCUUUCACUACGGCUCACAGGAAUGUAACAAGCGAAGAGGCGGCGUCAUGACUAAGAUUCAGUGAUUUCAUUUCAUGGCACUGCCACUCAGUCCGUCCAUAUAAUCUUCUGGUAAUGCUUUGAAAGGCAGAUUGAUAUUCAAACAUGUUCCCACUAACGACUCAUAGUGUUUAAUGUUUUAUUUGCAUUUUGUCACCUGGUAGGAGCCUACCCUUCGCUGAGGCUAUGCACUAUGUACUGUAGCAAGGUAAACACUCACACCAGAAUAUACAUGAACAGUGGCGGGCGAGAAAGGAAAAAAAAGUCCUGUCAUAGAUAUUUUUUAGAUAGCCAGAGUGCAUUCACAGAAGUAUACUCAUUAUUUAGGCUUGAAUAUAACAUGGCAACAGAGUAAUAAUUAAGAGUAGAAGAGUUGUUCUAAGAGACUGAAAAGGUUGAUAAAAAUAGACACAAUUAUUUAUAAAGCGAACACAAACAAGUCACCUCAGUGGAAACAUUGAAGGGACUCUUACCACCUCAACCACUGCACACCAAAAACAUGAAUAUUUAUAGUCAUACAUUAAGACAUGUUAUGCUAUGUUUUUAAGUAUUGGUAUUAUCCAUGGAUACAAAUAUUCCUCUGUGGAAGCCUAACUUUCAACAGGGUUUUCUUUCACCCAAUGUGAUAAAAGGAAAAAUCUCGUUCCAGGUAUUACCAUGAUGUUCUUCAUGAUAUAUGCAGUCUAUGCAAAGCAGAUAAUGUGAAGUGGAGUGAACACCAAGACAACGUCACCUCCAGACUGAGUUAGCACAAAGGUGACGGCACUGUUAAUUACUUUAGGAUCGCCGGCACUGACACACACACACACACACAUACACA